GUCAUGCUGGAUAUGACGGCCAAUACAAAACAGGUCUGCUGCUCCCGCAUUCACUUGAAAGACGUCGACGAGUCUACACUUGCUGCUUAUCAAUAAUUUUAAUUCAAAUAAUUAUUAUUCAGUCAAGUGAUCUGCAAACAUCAACAAAAUGGGCUUGGAAGAUUACAAAGAACUGGUGGCGAAUGUUGCUUCUGUUUGCACCAUGGGACACAUGCUCUCUGGAACACUUGUGUGCAAAGACAUCUACAAAAAAGGAUCAUCUGAGGGAUUCGAUGCCAAACCUUUCGUCGGUGGUAUUGGAAUAGGAAUGCUCAUGUUUCAAUACGCAUUCAUAUUAAAUGAUCCGGCAAUGAUCAAGGUCAAUAUGUUUGGGUUGACUACAAGUAUCCUCUACGUAACUGUCUUUUAUCUUUAUUCUCCAAACAAGACCGCGAUGAUGAAAUUAAUAGCCAAGACAUUGGGAUUAGCGUCAAUAUUCUUAGCCUACGCUAAAUUUGAAAACCCAGAGUACAUUGAGUUUAGAUACGGUCUGUUGACGACAGUAUUAUUGCUGAUGCUCAUUGGAACUCCGCUUAUGAAUCUCGGUCAAGUCAUAAAGACCAAGAGCACUGAAAUUCUUCCAUUCCCGCUAAUAGCCAUGGGGACUGUCGUAUCUUUCCUAUGGUUACUUUAUGGCAUCAUAAUUGAUAACGGUUUUAUUGUCUUCCAAAACGUCGUCGGGUUGUUUUUAUACAUCGUCCAAUUAUCUUUGUUUGCUAUCUAUCCAUCAAAGCCCAAGGAAGUAACUUCUAGCCAUUCCAAAAAGGAAUAGAAUUAUAAAUUUUAAAUACUUCUUUUCAAAGACAUAUUUUUAAAACUAAACUAGGUCAAUUUGUACGUCUGCUACACGAGCUGGCCUCGGUUCAAGUUAACUAAUAAUUUUUUAAAAUCUUGUAAUGCAAUAAUGCACGAAGCUAUUUUUUAUAAAACAAUUUAUCAGAUGUUAUGUUAAUCAAGUAUAUUUUUAACACAAUACUAAAAAUUUAUCAGAUAUUUUUUAUAGAAAUAAUUGUAAACAUUUAAAAAGAUCAUAGAUUAUAUUAAUCGAUUAUAUUUUUAACUGGUCUAUAUAAUUAUAAUCAAUGUAAACUAAUUUGUUAAUUUGUAAUUAGAUAAAUUUUAUUUUAUUAAAUCAAAUAUUUUAAUGUUGUGAUAGUGAAUUUAAAUUAACCGCUUAAAUUUUACUUUAUCUUUUUCAACAAUUUAUUUUUUAUAAAUAAAUUUUUUUACUUGCAACAGUCGGUAACAACGUUCUCACAUCAUCCUCUGUACUUUUAAAAAUAACAUGAUACAGUUUGUGGAAUUUA